UCGUGAACCUGACGCAUGAAUUUGAAUCCCAUGAGCCGUUGAGCACACCUAUUGUCACCAAAGAUUUGCUCUGGGGUUGUCUUGGUUCUGAAAGGAAUGAAUAAAAGUAGAGAAAUAUAAUGACACUAAUGUUACCCUUACACCUCCCAUCGUAGAUUAUAUGGUUGGGGAGAGGUCUUGGUUAUCUCUGACGUACCUUUACUGAUAAGGUUUGGUUUCAUUAAUGUAUUACGGUAAUGAUGUUCAAUGUUCCGGUAUGGGUAUUUAUGGCAAAAUUUUAUGCCCUACUAAACAUCUGAGGCGUGAUCCGCUUAUCACGUGGAAAUGAUUUGAGCUGUUAUAAAUGCAGACCAGUAGAUUAGCCUAUUUGGGGGACGGGGUUGGAAACUAGUUGGCUUUUGUGGUUCCCUAUCCAUCUAGCUAAUGAUUUUGUUGUCGCUUAGGCUAUCUUUAAACAAGACAAUUGUAGGAGGAAAAGGCCACUCUCGGAAUCCGGUUUUUGAAGGAUAGCUACCAGAUUAAAAACAUGAAUAGCAUUAUCAUUGUGAUUAUGAAGUCUGCUAUACUCAGAACUCCUAAUGAGAAGCAGCAAGAAAAUUAAUGGAUGUUUAAUUUAACAGCGAGAAUGUUUUAGGCCAAAUAGUAACCACAUGAUCCUAAACUAACCUAGCAUUAGUUUAACAUACCCUCCCUAUACUGCUAAAGGACUGGAGGAUGGUUAAUUGGUUAAAGGGACAUGUUUUGGUAGACCAAUCUAGGUUAGGCAAGUUGUGCCCUUCACUGAAGGAAAUGGUUAGGGCUAUAUCUCGAGCAAUGAUGAGGGGACUCACCCCCUUAGGUAGGUUGAUUAAGGAUUUAUCCAUGUAACAAUUUAGCAUUCUGAUUAAUGAGGUAUUCAGAGGCAAACUUCAGGACCUGUUUUUAAAUGCCGCAGGUAUGGGAUGAUGUUAAAGUAGCCACUUUGUAAGGGAGGAUGGUUAAUGGAACCUUAAACUUCUUUAAUCUAACCUAGGCACCAUGACUGGGGCUGACCUUGCCCAUAUAUUGAGGAAUUCUAACCUACCCAAGGGUGCAGCAUAGUACUUGAAAGGCUGCACUCUCCCCCUUUCAGCCCUGAGUACAUGUUAUCUUUUCUAUAAUAAACUACUACUAUAUCCUAAAUUACAUUUGGUCAUGGAAUCAUCAUAACUACAGAUUGGUUUAUUGAUACACUUUCUUGGAAAGUUGAGUAUUUUCUCAUGAUAGGAUUACUUCAUGAUAUUAUAGAAACUGUAUGGCUUUGUGUUAUGUAUAUUGCAUAUUACUGUUGCAGUACAAAAUAACUAAAUAGGGUAAUAUUCUGUAAAGCAUCUGUAUAAUCAGAAGACAAGAAAGGCAUCUUACCUAUUUCUGAAUGGCAACUAAUCUAAAGUCUGGUAAGUCCAAGUAUACAAAUUAAUUAUUCAAAAUGUUCAGAUUUUAUUGGCUAAAAACAUUAUCAAGAUUUUAUGCUAAAGAUGAGAUUAUAAAGUGGCUGAGAACAAAAGUAGGAAAAAAAUAAAUAGAACGUGUUGUGGCAAAGAAUUUUGCAAAGACCUUGGAGAGUUUUUGAAAGAUUCUGGAAAGAUCAAAUAGAGGUAUAGAAAAUUAACAAUUUGUUGCCAUUAACUUGGCCUUUACAAUUCAUUGAAAAAAAUGCUGAUGUUGUUGUUAUUUGAAUAGGUGCUAUUGUAUUGAUAUGAUGGUGAGAACUUGUCAUGUCAUAGCAAACAAUGUAUGUAUACUCUAGGGCUCGCUUAGCAUAACUGUGGCAUAAAAAAUUUAAUUCUUUGCAUAUUUCUUAUUUAGGGCUGUAGCCUAUCUUGGUGGCUGUAAAUUAAUGAUUAUGUUAUGAUAAGGUACAGAAAACCAUGCUUCUUAAUUCAAGGGUUCCUGAUUUGCAGUUGUACAAUGUGGCUCCUUACCUUCUGUAGGGUUCUACCAUUCUUGGAUCUCCUCCAUUAACUUUCUGAAAAGUUAAUAACAUUAAUAAAAAUGGCAACAUUCAUAAUAAUUAGAAUAAAACAUCUAAUCCAUUUAGGUAGUGGUUAGCUGUGACUUUCUAGGUCAACAGUGAGGUGCCAUUCUUUUUACAAAGUACUACUGUGUUGUGGUAUUCCUGAUAUGAAAUACCUUUAUGUCAGGUUCUAAUUCUUAUUACUGCUGAAUAUUUCAAACUUUAGUGCUUAUACUGGCCCUGUUUAGAAUAUUUUGCUUGAACAUUAUGGCUCUCAGGUUUUCAAAUGUCAUUCCAAUCUUGGCUCUAAUAGUCUAUAUUCAUCCAAGUGCAUACUUGUACAUAGUUACUUUAAUGCACUAUACUGUACUAUGCCUAGAUGCUUCAGUGUAGUUGUACAAAGUGAGAGUUAAAUAACUGGUUGAAAUUGGCGAAUGGUUAGAUGAAUGGAAGGUCCCUUAUAUCUCAUCUUAAAAGCCCUCCCAUAUUCUCUAGUUUCACUGUAGCUGACAUAUCUAUCAAGUAUGUAGUAUUGCUUUCCGAUUUCAUUAAUUUCAUUCUUGUGUUAAUUUCUUUAAACUGUACAUGAUACUGUGCUAUUUAGAUUGUUAUUUUCUAUCAUUAUUCUUCAUUAUAUUCAAAGUGCAGUGCUAUGUCAAUUGUGAUUGUACUUGUGAAGAGCAUGUGUAAUUUGUGCAAGUAGAUAUCACUAGAAUUUAUUCUACUGUUUUAAAAUUUGCAAAUAGAGUAUUGGAUCUAUUGUUCUAAAACUCAUAUUUAAUGGUCUUAUAUAAGGUUCAGCCAUUGUGCAGAAAGUUAUUGCAUAUCACUAUCCUUCACAGUGGGAAGAAGAGGGCUGUAGCCAAAAAUUUGUUUGACUGCAUCUUCAUGAGUUACAGUAUUAAAGUUCUUUUUCUAUCAUAAACUACAAUGGAGAAACCCAGGGACAUCCCCCUUAGCAUUUAUCCCCUCUCCCCAUAAGUGCUGCCUCUGCUAGUAACUCUCAUCUAUUUUCAGCAAGUCAGUUAUUGAAGUUGGGUAAAAUUGUCAAAUGCUUAAGUUUAUAACCUAAACACCAAUGGUCAUCAAACUGAGGUCUGUAGUCCAUACAUGAAGAUGAGACUAAUGGACAGCGGUAGUUGCCAUGGGCUGUAAAGUUCCCCUUUAGAUGUACUAAUUGGACAAAAUAACCAGGACAGCUAAAGAGUGGUAGCCCUGUAGCAUCUGCAGAGACAGGUCAAUGAAAUGUCAGUUAGUGGAGAUGCCAGGAUACCAGUGCUGUCCCGUAGAUGCCAUGUUCCAGGAUGUGGAGCAUCAUCUCCAGCGGUUGUUGUGUAUUCUGCAAAGAAGAGCAAAGAUCCCACAACUUUUCGACGAUGGAUAGAUGUGUUAGGCAUCGAUGAUGGACGAAUGUCUGUCCAUGCUUGUCAGAGGCACUUUCCAGCAGGUGCACCAACUCGUAAUCAUCCUGAUCCAAAUCCAAAUUUGUUCAAUCCCAUUCCUGUUCAGCCAUCACCAAAUAAAGAAAGGUUCUCUUCAGUCAGUCAGUCACAGUUGCCUCCCAUCUUCAACACUGCUCCUGAUGGAACUCCAUUAGGACCAGAUGGGCAGCCCCUUCCAAACCCUGUCCAACCCCCUCCUGGGUCGGUUACUAAGUUAGCACCUAAUGCAACUUUAAUAGACCUGAACAAAAUAAGGAAAGAUCCAGAUGCAGACAAACCUUUCAAAAUUGAACAAGUAACUGUAUUAAUUGAUGAAAGUGAUGCUGUGAAGGUUGUAGGUUAUGGGCCAAGAGAUCCUAUUAACACUUCUCCAGUUGAGAGGGUACCAGGUCGUUUGGGUCGUCCAAGAAAAGUACAGCCACCACCUCCACCUGUGUGGGAUGAUGGUGGAGCUACUGAUGGUUUAGAAGAUUUAGACGCUGAACCAGAUCACCAUCAGUUUGGUGAUCCCUCGCUUGGUAAUACACUAGAACAGAUGAGGCAACUCAGAAUUGAUUGCAAUACUGCUCUUGUUGAUAUGGACAAACGACAAAUGGUUUAUGCACAUCGAUCUGUUUUAGUUGCCCGCAGUCCAUACUUCUACAGACAGAUGUAUUUGAGAAGAAAGAAGUUAAAAUAUCUUUAUCAGUUUUGUAGAUUUACCUUACCCAUCGAUGUAAAUUUUGAUGUUGUGGAUGCAGUAGUUUCAUAUAUGUAUACAGGUUCCAUGAGUACACUUUGGGGAAAAGGAACUGCUUCCAUACGUAAGGUUCUCACUCUAUUUGAAAUGAAGGAAGCCUUGGAUUUGUAUGACCAAGAGGUUGCUGGAAGAGAAGUGGAAGAAAAGGAACCACGACGUGUUAAGAAGCGCAUAAAGAAGGAACCAGAGGAUGAGCUUGAAAACUUGGUAAUGCCUUUGUUAUCAGACACUGGAGGUACAGUAGAUAGUGGGGGUCGGGAUGAUGGAUUUGUUGAAGAAAGACGGAAGAGGAGAAGAGUUAUACUUGACAGUGAAGGAGGAGGUGAAGAUGCUCAUGGGAAAAUGAAGGUGUCAGUUCAAAAAAUCGUUGAUAGUGCCCUAACACCUUUCUUAGGCAAGAUAGAGGAACUUUUUGAUCCCACCGCAACAACCUUGCAGAUUGCACGUACCUCCCAGCAUAUUAUAACUCUGUGGCAUGCUGAUAUAUUAUUAACAAAACUUUUUGACCAGAAUGAUCUAACAAAGUUCUUUUCAGAGGUCAUGAAUGAUGUACUUGAGAAAAAUAAUUUGAUGCAUCAGCAGGCAAGUGGUGAUAACGAUGGAAGUGGAUUUAGUGUGGAAGUUUUAGUAACUCACACAGGUAAUGCCCUUGUAGAUGAAUCUUACAAUAAAGCUUCACUUGGGGACUCUGUUGUGCAGGAAGUUGAAACUAUAACUGUUGGUGAUAUGCAAAUCAUUAAUUACCACCAAAUUGGUUCUGAACACAUUGCAAAAUAUGUGCACAUGAUUGCUAUGUACCGUUAUCGAAUUCGUAUGGGGAAAAAAAUAAAGGGAGAUCCAGGUACUGGAACAGGUAAGGAUGCUCUCAUGCCUCCUCUGCUAGAGGGAGAUGUUUUGCCAGAUGAAUCCUCUACACCACAUGACCUUGAUGAUCUUGUGAAUAGAAUGGCAGGAGGAGGUGAUGAAAUACUUUCAACUGCAAGUGGUUCACUAACCAAGGCUUGCUUCCAAAAAGUGAGCAUUGACUUGAAGAGUAGAGCAAUUUCCGAUUUAGAAUUGUAUGUCAAUCCUUCAUUUCACGAAGAACUGAUUAUGCACAUUAUGGUAGAUCAAGUUGAAGAAAAAGGGGUAUUACCCCUUAGUAUUGCAGUAUUUUUGGCAAAGGGGUGUAACUUCUGCCGUAAAAAAGAGUGCAAAGGAGAGGAUUUAACAUUACCAAUAAGUCCAGAUAAUCCAGUCUGUCCAGAUCGUCAGUGUAUUAAAAGGAAUCUCAUAUGUGAAAUAUGCAAUAAGCAGAUGUCCAAUUCUAAGUCUUUAGCAAGACAUAAAUAUAGUUUACAUGAUAUCCAAGUAGGGGAUGCAGGGGGCUUGUUUAUUUGUAGUCAUUGUGGUGACACGUUUAGUAAGAAGUGGAAACUUAACAUGCAUGAAAGACAGCACGAAGACAGAAAAUUGGAAGUUGCUUGUCACGUCUGUGGAAAGGUUAUGCGCGGUGCAAUGGCAUUAAAGAAACAUGUUAGUAUGGUGCAUGAAACCAAACCCCAAUUUCAGUGCGAGUUUUGCUCAAAAAAUUUCAAACGGAAAGAAACUCUUAAUGUCCACAGGAGGAUACAUACGGGAGAAAAACCAUUCCCCUGUUCCAGAUGUGAUUAUGCCUCGGAAACAAAAGGAAACCUGAAAGCUCACAUGUGGCGUAAACACAAGAUUCAGUUGGGUGUACCCUCUCCAGAUCACCAACAGCAGCAGCAAACUGCAGAAGAGCAGGCAAUGGCUGCAACUUUAGUUGCUCAUGCUCAUUCUCUAGGUGACGGAUCAUUUAUCAUUGCUCCAGGAACUGCUCCAUCUAGCACAAUGUUAAGUUAAUGCUUUAUCAAAACCAAAAUAGCUGUCAUUUUUUUUCUUUCUUUUUCUAAAUAUUUAUCUGAUUCUGAAUUUUUUGUUAUGUACUAUAUUAGUAUGAUAUUUGAAUUUCAGUAUUUAUUAUGGCAUUUUAUUAUUUAUGAAUUUGUGCUCUGUACCUAUGACUCAUUUAACAAAUGAACUCAGUGUGUAACAAAAUCUGAGCCUCACCGCAACCAUUAUGAUCUUAUGUUGUUGAUUUUGAAAAGUACAGUCUUUUCCCUGAACAUUCAGUUUACAUCAGAAGAGUAGCAAAUACGGAAAAUAAUGUGUAACUUAAACAGUUAAUUUACAUAAGUUACAGUUUGAGCAUAUCAAAAGAAAAAAAAUUGACUUCAUAAAUUUCAAAAUUUUAGUGUCUCAAGUACUUUAUUUAAGAGAACUUUUUUUAUGGUGUUUAUAAUGCUUCCACAGCUACAAGGAAGGAAAGUCUUUCAGGGCAGAAUAGUAAUAUAUAUAAGAUUUUUUAAAUAGUACUGUAUCUUUAUACACAUGUAUAUACAUGUGCAUUAAUGUGCACUACUUCUUGAUUAGCACAGUGGUUGUUUGAAAAGUUGAGAAAAAUUUGUUAAAAUUAGCAGUUACCAGUUUGGUUUUAUGCCACAAGAAAACAAAGGGUAGAUCGUACUGUUAGGCAUCUACAGGAAAAACACUGUGAAAAAGGGAAGAGAUUAUACCACAAAUUUUUUGUCUUGAAAAGGCAUUUCAACAACUAUGUAAACAAGCAAUUAGAAUAGCAUAAGAGAUACAGAAGGUACCCUAGAGUGAAGGCAGGGUCCAUAAACAAAGAAUUCCUUUUAGUUUGUCAUAAUAACAGUGGAAGCUAAAUAUCAGCAGAUUAAGAAGCUAUAGAAAAGUUGACGACACUGGAAUGGACAGGAGAAAACUGAAAAUUAAAGUAAGCCAAAUAAAGUGUACAGGAAAUGUAGAGGAAGCAAAGGAAAAAAAUUCAGCCAAGAAAGUGAUCAAGGUUAUGCCAGGGGAAAGAUGUCUUGGUGAAUUACCAAAUAUAGUCGAUUCGCGAUGUUCAGAGUUCCAUCAUAUAAAUUAAGCCAUGGAUUUUUCAUGCUCAUAAUGUAUAAGAUCAACUGAGAAGGAGAGAGAAAAGGUGCACCAAGUUGUUAUGAAAGGGCAGGUUUUAGAGAGAUAGGACAUUUCUGUUACCCAAGAAAACAAGUGUAUAGCAGGUAUUGAGAGGGGUGUAAGAAAAAUAACAGCUUAGAUGAUGGGAAAUGAGAUUUCUGGACUAUUCAUAAUAGGAAUACUAUCUCAUCAGUAAAGAGCAAAAGUUUGUGAUGUGUUUAAGGCAUGUACAUACUACUCUGUACAGCUCAGACAUGGGGCCUUCUUUUUGUAAGUUUUGAGUGAUGUAAUUUUCAACCUACAACUUGUGUACUCUAGCAGUAGUAAGUUGCAGACAAAUAUAGUGUCCAUUUACUAUGGUCAGUUAUCUGGAAAAGUAGUAGAGAUGGAAAUAGCAAGGCAAAAACCACUUCCUCAUUUGUAAUAUAAUCUUCUUGCCAUACUUUGGUCAUUUAUGAUAACAUUCUAUUGUCCUGCUUUUUUCAGAUCUCCAUUUUCUGUCAGUGUCCAUGUUUCUGCUGCACAUCAUAAGUCUUUGCUCUUUCUAUAAGUGGGAUAUUUUUAUUUACCAGUAAUUCAGCCCGAGUCCAGUGCGCCCCCAAGGUAACAAUUAUUCUACCUCCUCCAAGAUCUACCCUUUUUCCUUGAUGUGAUUCUCUGCUUCCCUCUCUCUCAUAAUUGCUGUUCUUACAGAUUUUGGUCAUUAAAAGUAUCUUAUUCUUUGUUUAAUCUGCAAUUCCAAGCACCUGUAGUGACCCUAUCUGUCACAUUCAGUAAACAGAAUUGAGUUCACCCCCACAUCUUUCUCCACGGCAGACACAUGACUGAAACAUAUACUUUUUCCUUUGCUUCCAUUCCAGUCACUAUAAGCUUUGCUUUGCAAUUCUGUCUGUUCAACUGUCUGCUAGGUAAGACGAGUAAUACUGAAUUCGCCUGCACACCUCUCACAGCAUCCACAGUGACAUUAACUCUUUUCUAUGGUUCCUUUUUGGUCACCAUAAGUUUAGUUUUGUUUACAUUGAUUCUAAAUUUUUUUUCUUUAUUCUUCUUUUCCAUUAUUUAAAAUAUUGACAACGACUUCUUCUGAUUAUGAUUAUGGUACUUCAGGACUUUUGUAACUUCAUCCAUUAUUAUGAUGUAUAAUAAAGAACUUUACUCUGAUUUUUAGUUGAUAGUACUACAAUUUGUCCCAGUUUCUCCUGCUAAACCUGUCAGUGUCCUCUCUUUACACUUGUUUUAUGAUAUAUCUAGCUAAAUGACUUCCAAGUAUCCUUUACUUCUGUAUAAUUAAAUAACAAGCCCAACUGCUUGUGUUGGUACUCUGUUAGAUGCCUGUUCAGGAUUUACUUGUGUGAUAUGACCUAGUUUUUAUAUCAAGUGUUAAUAACAAAAUCUGUUAGUAGACAUUUUUGAUUGGUAUGUUUUAUUGCACUCUUGUUUUUAUAUUUCACAUUUGUGAAAUUGGUCAGCUGUGGUGGGGAGAAUUAAUUUCUUAAAUUUUGUUAUCGUAUCCUAGGUAGAAUACCUCAAAGUAGAAAUACUAUUAUAAUUUCAAUGUUUCAUUUGUUUGGUUGAUAGGUUAUAUUAUGUAUGGACCAUAGUGAACAGUAAUUCUCCAGUAUUUAAGUCACAGUCCAAUUGCUUAAUUUAGCAGUUCCUUUCUUUAUUUGGUUGAAAUGAUCAAGCAUGUGUUUGCUAACAGUUUAAAAAGUUCAUUUCUUCUUAAUGACUGUGAUAUGAUAGUAGUGGGCAAAGAUUUUGGCAGGUUAACAUUUUUUAUUUAGCUGUAAAUCAUUAUCCAUCAAUGUGCAUUGUGUAUUUGAAGGAACAAAGUGCAUUUCUUUACUUUAAUUACAUUGAACUUUAGAGUAAUUUUUUUAUACUCUACUGUUUUAUUGUUUUUGAGGUUUUUCUAUUUAGGUUUUUGCCACUGGACGCAGCAGAAGUUCUGUGGAUCUUUCAUAGCCAUGUUUUACUUGUUUUUAUGUGAUAUGAUGUAAAAGUUGAAUGUGAAAUACAAAUACGUAGCUAGCUAUUGCUACUAUUCAUUGUUUUGUUAUGAAUGUCUAGAGUAUACAGUAUGUUUAAUUUUACAUUUAGAUGAGGAUAUCUCAAAAUUUAACAACUGUACAGGAUUUAGUUUAUUUUAUAAUGCUGAUUUCAUCAGGAUCAUGAUCUCAUUUCAUUUAGAUUAGGACAGGGAAGAGUUAUAGAUGGAUUCUAGAAAAUUUUUCUCUAUCAACACCAUGAGAUCGCUCUUAUUUAUCCUAGUAUGCAAGCACACUGAAGAGCCAAGUACUGUGUCAAAUUUUUAUUUAAAAGUCAGUGAAGUUGUGAUAAUGUUAAAGUGUGAAAUUCCUUACAUAGUCACUUCAAGUGAGAAGCCAAGACACAUUAGGAGUUAGUUUUGGUCUGUAUUUUUUUGCUGCGCAAAACAUUCAUCAGUUGACUUCGUUCACAUAAAUUCUUUAGUGGUCUCACAAAAUAAAAAGAGUACCAAUACCAGUGAAGCAUACUGGAUUUUAAUAAGGGAGAGGAACCUCAUCCAGAUUUGAAUCUUGUAUGUCUAAUCUUCUGCAAAGAAUUGAGUGCAGUAGCAAAUAAGAUUUUCAAGGAAUUGGUUAUCCACUAUGUCACCCAUUAUUAUCAGCAGAUCGGUGAACUUGACAGAUAUUCUUUUUUGUCUCAGUGGCUGUACAGUAUAAUGUUCUAAUUUAUCUUACAGCAAAGUAAGUUAGCUCCACCUAAAUGGGGGACUGGUUAGUGCAUAUAUACAGCAGCUACUGGUCGCCAUAGGCAUGUGCAGGAUUAAGUGUAUUGGUUGUUAAUUUGGAAGGGGAAUGAAAGCAACCAAUUUAGUGCCACAGAGUAUUGUACAAUUGUUAAAACAUAAUUUGUUUGGUACAAACUCAUCACCUUACAAAGUUACACUCGUUCAAUCCCACACUCCUUAAAGUGGUCAGAUAACACUUGAAAUGGCAAUUUUCUACAUUCGGGAGACUUGUGAGAUUGAAUGUGUAUAAAGCCAAAAAAAGGAUUCUUUUUACUCAAUAUUGUUUCUGUCUUUAAUUAUAUGUAGCUUUUGAAUAAAUUCUACAAGUACACUUACAUAUACCUGAAAAUGGCAAGUUGAUUUGCUUGGCAAAGAUCAUAAUUUCAUCACCCCUGCCAAAAUUUAAUUACCCAAAAAGAUCAAAUAAUUGCUUUCAUGAAGUCCCAUCAGUUCUGUUCAUCCACGUUAACACUGAAGUAUAAAAUAGUCCAGUUUGCUUUUAACGAACAUUGAACUAAAAAGGAAGAAAAAUAGAUUUUUAUAAUGUUCAGGUAAAGUAAAGAUUUGGAAUUUUCAAACAAGUUAGUGGAGUAUUUGUACCAGGUUUUAUAAUUAUUAUUAGCUAUGGGCAUGACAUUUUAAAACUUGACAGGGAGGAUCUAAUAUCAAGAAUGGCAGUGAUUUUUUUUAUAUAUAAUUUAUAGUCCUGAAAAUCCAGUAGAAAGUAAAACACUAUAUGUUUUAUCAACAUAUACCUGAUGUAUAAUGCCAUGUGGUCUUGCAAAUUGUAUGGAAAAGAACACCCAGUUUAUGAAGUAGUGUACUGUUCUGUAUAUAGUACUUAUUUUUGAUAAAAGAUAUUGUUAUGUUGUCAGGACAGAUGCCUGAUAACUCUUAAUAUAUCAAGGUCACUGAAACAAUGUAAUGAAGUCCACUUCAAACCUUUCUUUACCUUUUACUGACUUCAUAUUAUGUAAUGUGAUCAUUUCCAGUGUUUCUUUUUAAAGCCUUUAUGAUUGGUGAUUAAUUUCCAUCAUUGAUAAUUAUGUUGAUUUUGAAUAUUCUGUUCUGGAUGAGUUUCUCCAUAAAAAUGUUCUGCUUUUUAGCUGACUGUUUUAGAAUUGUAUGUCUAGCUUUAGCUUUUCAUGUAGUUCUAAAUGUCAUAUGUUCAUGUUCUCUAUAUCUUCUUAAACAAAUAUUUGUUCUAUCAAGACCUGGGCUAGUGCCAGACAAUUCAGUACUGUAGAUAUAUUUUUUUCAUUUUAUCCAAAUGGCUUAUCAGAAAGGUGUGUGUUCAUUCAUUGCGUGCAUGUGCUGUAUUUUUAAGUGCAUUAUUAUUUUACUUUUAGUCUUAAUUAUUUUCUUACAUAACCUUAGAAACUUGUAUGCAAUUAAUUUUGUUUAGGAGACAUAUGGCAUUCAUUCAUCUGUAAUGUUUUACCAAAUACAUAGUAAAAGAAAUAUUGUAUCUAUAGCUAUUAGGGAGUUUGGCUUUGAAAACUUUGUACUCUCCUGACUUUUAAGUACCAGUAGUGAAACCAAAUACAUAGCUCUUGUGAAGGAGGACUUUACCAUGAUUCUGUGUUAUAACCUGUGAUAUAGAUGAUAAGUCAUAUAAUUUAAUGUGCAUCUGUAUAUUGUAUAUACUGAAAAUUAAAUUUUAUUUUUUUAAA